AUGGCCCUCACAAUCUUGGAUCCCAAGGAGAAUGCCCCAGCAGACUCCAAUGAGGAACCCAUUAGGACUGUUUUGGAGGUCAUGGAGGCGCGGAGGCAGGCAGAGCAGCCCGAGAAGGAGGCAGAGAAGGGAGGCAAUGAUCAAUGGGUAGAGAAAGAUGAAGUUGCCCGGGAGGAAAAAGAAAGGAAUGAGAAGAGGAGAAGCGAGAGAAGGCGGGAACAGAAGCGCCUGAGAAAAGAAGAACGGAGGCAAAGGGCAGAAAGCCCGGAUUUCGAAGGAGAAUCCACCACCGUAAGGGUGGAAGGGGGGAUGUCGGUGCAACUUGAACCAUCAUCGCAGCAACAAACCUCAUGGCCGCAUCCAAGAUUAGUUGCGACAGAGGCUCAACUCCGCGGUUCGAAUGACAAAGAAGAUCCUCACAUCUCCCCACUUAUACGGCGUCGCAAGGGGAAUGCGCUGCAAGGGUCCAUAGAAGACCCAACAAUAAAUGAGCGCAUAGAGAAUGAGAGAGAGGAACGAAGGAGGAAAUUAAAGGAGAAGGAAGAAAAGAUGGCAAGGGCACGCCAAAUCAUCGCAUCAACCGAUUUGGCUAGACGGCUUCAUGACGAGGAGGUUCCCCUUGCCAACGCAAGGUCGGAAGAGGAAGAGAAGAGAAGGCUUGAGGAUGAGCAGCGCAUUGCGCUUGCCUCUAAACAGAUGACACGAAAAUGUGUACUAAUUGGAUACAGAGGUCAUUGGGAUGAGAACCAAAAUUUGUAUGUUGGAGGCGAGCUAAUAGGAAUCGUUGUGCCUAUUACCUUGAAGUAUGAAGAGCUUAAAGCUCACAUUUACAGGAUUGAAAAUAUAAGUUGCUUAGAGUUUGAUGUUGUUAUGAGAGUUAAAUAUAAGCUUGACUUUGAAGCCCCUCCACACUACAUAUGA